AGGCACUGGGCCGGACAUCAGGGCCUCCGGCCAGAUCCGUUUCCGGUCUAUGGGACGCUGACGUUGUUUUCCGGUUGUCUGGGGCCCAGGGAGGCCUUUAGGGUGCUCACGAUGAGGUCGCUGGCGUUUGUGGUGUUGGCUCUGUUAGCUGUCAGUCACGCAGAAGAAGGAGCCAGGCUUUUGGCCUCCAAAUCACUGCUGAACAGAUACGCCGUGGAAGGGCGGGACCUGACCCUGCAGUAUAACAUCUACAAUGUUGGCUCCAGUGCCGCACUGGAUGUGGAAUUAUCUGAUGAUUCCUUCCCUCCCGAAGACUUCGGUAUCGUCUCUGGUAUGCUCAACGUCAAAUGGGACCGGAUUGCCCCUGCUAGCAAUGUCUCCCACACAGUGGUCCUGCGCCCUCUCAAAGCUGGCUACUUCAACUUCACGUCAGCGACCAUUACCUACCUGGCCCAGGAGGAUGGGCCUGUUGUGAUUGGCUCCACCAGUGCCCCUGGCCAGGGAGGAAUCCUCGCUCAGCGGGAGUUUGACCGGAGAUUCUCCCCCCAUUUUCUGGACUGGGCAGCCUUCGGGGUCAUGACCUUGCCCUCCAUCGGCAUACCUCUGCUCCUGUGGUAUUCCAGCAAGAGGAAGUACGAUACUCCCAAACCCAAGAAGAACUGAACGCAGCUUCCUCGGCCCUCCCUCCCAGGAACCAGGUGUUGCCCAGUCUCCACAGGGGAUCAGAUGUGUUCUCUUGGCCCUU